UCGGUCACGAGUUCUGGGUGAUCGAUCGAUCGUCUUUCCCGCCUCAUUUUCUCUCCUCCGGAUCUGAAACUAAAAUUGCUUCUGAAUCGCACACCAUUGACGGAUAAAUUCGGCGCUACUGAGCCACCAGGAAGCUGAUUUUCAGAUUCCCGUCACUUGUACUUCAGAUCCAGCAAAUUCUGUUGAUGCUGUGAAAAUGGAUAUUGAUGGACAGACUAAUCUUCCAGAGGGAAAUAUGAGUGAGUGUCGGAGUUUUAGUAGCAAUUACAGAUGCUGCAGUCAAUCCAGGAAGAUCUCUAUAGGAGUUCUUAUUGAUUCUAUGUCCAAGGCAGAAACAAAAAAUGAAAAGGAAUCAGUGAAACAAAUUCCAGAAAAUGGAACUUCUAGCAAAGGGAAUUCCGUCAAAGAUCGUGAAGGACAUACUCCGCUUGUGGAAAAACAUGUAACUGUUGUGCAGAAGGAUAGCUCCCCUUGGGUUUCCACUAGAUCUUUCAACCCAAAAAUAUCAUCUUCAGUUGCAGCUCAUGAUACAGAACAUACUCCAAGUUUUCCGGCCACCAGCAGGAAACGUCCAAUAUCAAAGCGAUCAGAGAAAGCAUCUGCAGCCCAUUCUCUCAAGUCUUUUGCAUGUAAGACCGGCUUAGUAUCUGAUAAGUGCAGGAACAAGAAUUUUGGUAAAGCUACUUAUUCAUUUGAGGUUGGCAAGGUUAAUAAUCUAGAGCAUGUAGAGAAUCUUGGAUUUUCAACUGAACCGGGAGUUCUAUUAGAAAAGGAACCGGUAGAGGAUAAAGAUAGGAAAACCGAAACUGGGGGCCGUGAAACUUUGAGAAUGAAGCUCUGGGAGGUCUUAGGAAAUGUUUCUCCAUCAGAAAGGCACUGUCCCAGCUCUCAGUCUGUCGAGUUGUAUCCGGAGAGGGAUAGAAAGCAAAGUCCUACUGAAAAGAGAAACCCAAACUCGGACACAAUUGAAAGUGAUUCUGAAAAGCAUACUUUCAAGAGACCAGUGACUCGUUCUUUGACCCGGAAGAAUUCUUCGACUAAAAAGCAACAUAGCAAAAUUGAAGCCACAAAAACUACCUGCCACAGAAAAGAGGGUUCAGAAAAGAGAAUAUUCUCAUUUAGAGGAGAGGGGUCUGGCAGAUUAUAUUCUAAUUUGAAUGAUGGUUCGUUGCCUUCCAAGAGAAACAAGAGUGUGAGAGCAAGUUCUGAAGUCAAGACCUAUCAGUGUCAUCCGUUUGAAAAUGCAGAGGAGAGACAGCAAUCAGUAAAAAAAAUCAGAUCAAUACCAGUUGUUGAUAAAAUUCCUAUAAAUGAAGUUCUCAAUGCUAACAGUUCUAAUGAAAGGAGAACUGAUGUCUUUGUUGAGCCAAAAAGUGGUAGUAAGAAUAGCAAUCCUUAUGUGUCUCCUGUUAAUGUGAUGACUGAGCAGCAGAAGGAUGUUGAGCAGCCAAUUGAUGUUGAAAUUUCAAAUAUGAAGAAGAAUCAGCAACAGCGCAUAUCUGAGUCUUUGUUGAAGAACAAAAGGAAUUCUAUACACAAUCCUUCAACUCCCCCUUUUGAGGUUACAUCACAUGUCUGUUUAUCUAAAAGUAAGCAGAGAGAACUUCGAGAUCAGAGUCCUGCAGAAAAAAUAUUUAACACAAAAGGCAUACAAAGCUUCAAAAGUUUAUUGAGUUCCAACUCAGCUGAACACAGGUCAAAUGUUCAAGUGGAAUCUUCCGGAGGUAAAUUUGAGAUAAAUGAUAGUCUCCUUAUGAAACCAAGCUUUAUCGUGGAAGAAGAUAGUGAAAGCCAGAUGUUCAAAUCGUCUACAGAUGCAACGGAUUCUGACAGCUCAGAAGAUGAUUCGGAGAUGAAAGGUUGCAUGGAAUCAGGACAAUUAUCUCCUGAAAUUUGUGUUGCUGAGAAAAUUCUACUUGGUAGAGACAAAAGUCUAGGCAACAAAAAAGAUGUCGAAGUAACUGGAUGUGGUCCUCUGUCAGAGUCGUUAGCAGAAACCCAGGUCAGUAGCCAGCUUCAAAUGUACUUGAAGCAGAAUCAUGAGGAUGGCUUGGCCAGAGCUGUAGCACUAUUUGCUAUAGCUUUAGAUUGUGUGAAGAACAAACUGAAGUCAAUUAGUAGCAAAAGAUCGGCUGAAAUUUUGCGGGAUGCUGGUGAGGAAAUAUUUUUGCUAUUGCAGAAUGCUGAAUCUCAUAUCAAAACGGAUUUGCGAAAGUUGACCAAUCUUAGUCAAGUAAAAAGGAAACAGCUGGAAACUAGACUUCAAGAACAACAAGAGCAGUUGGCUGGAAUACGUAGAAGAUUUGCAGAAGAGGUCGACCGACACCUUAAGGACUAUGAUGGCGUGGUUGAAGAUCUAGAAGAGCAUGAGAUCGAGGUUAAAAGAUCUGUGGAGAGACAAAGAUCAGCUCACAAAAAUAUUCUACUGCAAGUGGAGCAAGAUGUUCAGUUUAAACUUGAUGCAGCAGAAAACAGAGUCAUGGCUAUCCAGGAAUUGGCUAAGGAGAAGAUGCUUCAACUGAAACUUGUGGUAGCUGAGUUCGUAAAACAUGGUGCGCUUUGUUGACAAUAUUUUCACGGAUGGUGCAACGUGUCCAUAUGUUUCCGUAACUUGUAAAUGAUGCCUUGAAUUUCUCAAUUAUGAUUAGAGAAUGAGACUGCGACUCCCUAAGUGACUUUCAAUAUUCAUUUGCUGAGAGCCAAAUUUUUUGUGUAUGCGCCGAGCGUCUUCAUCAUCAAAUGUGUAUGUUGAUAGUGGAUGAUCUGCACUAGAUACAAUAUUUUUUACAAUUGGGCUGUCUUUACUGUAGUUAGGUGUGUUGUGGUGACUAAAGGAUGUAUCUCCAGAUUAUAUCUAACAUCUUCGGUAUUGAGUUUCCUUGUGUGACUUAUUGCCUCUUGCAGGCAUCAGUAGUGAUUUUUUUAUUUUUUUA